CCGCCGCCGCCGCCGCCGCUGCCGCCACCACCGCCGCCGCCACCGCUGCCCGGCGCCCCUCGCCCGCGGCCCGGUGCGGCCGCCGCCCAUGGAUUUCACCUAGCGCCGGCGGCCAUGGCGGCGCAGUGCUGCUGCCGCAAGGGACCCGGCGCCGAAGCCGCGCCGGCCCGCCCGCCGCCGGAGCCGCCACCCGCCCUGGAUGUCGCCUCGGCCUCCAGCGCGCAGCUCUUCCGCCUCCGCCACCUGCAGCUGGGCCUGGAGCUGCGGCCCGAGGCGCGCGAGCUGGCCGGCUGCCUGGUGCUGGAGCUGUGCGCGCUGCAGCCCGCGCCCCGCGCGCUCGUGCUCGACGCGCACCCAGCCCUGCGCCUGCACUCGGCCGCCUUCCGCCGCGCCCCCGCCGCCGAGACGCCCUGCGCCUUCGCCUUCCCCGCCCCCGGGUCGGGGCCCCCGCCGCCCCCAUUGCCGGCCUUCGCCGAGACGCCGGCCUCCGAACCCGCCUGCUGCCCACUGGCCUUCAGGUUGGACCCGUUCACCGACUACGGCUCUUCGCUCACCGUCACGCUGCCGCCCGAGCUGCAGGCUCACCAGCCCUUCCAGGUCAUCCUGCGCUACACCUCCACCGACGCCCCCGCCAUCUGGUGGCUGGACCCAGAGCUGACCUAUGGCAACGCCAAGCCCUUCGUCUUCACUCAGGGCCACUCCGUGUGCAACCGUUCCUUCUUCCCGUGCUUCGACACACCUGCCGUCAAGUGUACCUACUCAGCUGUUGUCAAGGCCCCGUCUGGGGUGCAGGUGCUGAUGAGUGCUACUCAGAGCACAUAUGCGGAGGAGGAAGGCGUCUACCACUUCCACAUGGAGCACCCUGUGCCUGCCUACCUCGUGGCCCUUGUGGCUGGAGACCUCAAGCCAGCGGACAUUGGGCCCAGAAGCCGUGUGUGGGCUGAGCCAUGCCUCCUGCCCAUGGCCACCAGCAAGCUGUCAGGCGCCGUGGAGCAGUGGCUGAGUGCGGCUGAGCGGCUGUAUGGGCCGUACAUGUGGGGCAGGUAUGACAUCGUCUUCCUGCCACCCUCCUUCCCCAUCGUGGCCAUGGAGAAUCCCUGCCUCACCUUCAUCAUCUCCUCCAUCUUGGAAAGUGAUGAGUUCCUGGUCAUUGAUGUCAUCCACGAGGUGGCCCACAGCUGGUUUGGCAAUGCAGUCACCAAUGCCACGUGGGAGGAAAUGUGGCUGAGUGAGGGCCUGGCCACCUACGCACAGCGCCGAAUCACCACAGAGACCUACGGUGCUGCUUUCACCUGCCUGGAGACAGCCUUCCGCCUAGAUGCCCUGCACAGACAGAUGAGGCUUCUUGGGGAGGACAGCCCCGUCAGCAAGCUGCAAGUCAAGCUGGAGCCAGGAGUGAAUCCCAGCCACCUGAUGAACCUGUUCACCUAUGAGAAGGGCUACUGCUUCGUGUACUACCUGUCCCAGCUCUGUGGAGACCCCCAACGCUUUGAUGACUUCCUCCGAGCCUAUGUGGAAAAAUACAAAUUCACCAGCGUGGUGGCCCAGGACCUGCUGGACUCCUUCCUGAGCUUCUUCCCAGAGCUGAAAGAGCAGAGUGUGGACUGCAGGGCAGGGCUGGAGUUUGAGCGUUGGCUCAAUGCCACGGGCCCACCACUGGCUGAGCCAGACCUGUCUCAGGGGUCCAGCCUCACCCGGCCUGUGGAGGCCCUUUUCCAACUGUGGACCGCGGAGCCCCUGGACCAGGCAGCAGCCUCAGCCAGUGCUGUGGACAUCUCCAAGUGGAGGACCUUCCAGACAGCACUCUUCCUUGACCGGCUACUGGAUGGGUCCCCGCUGCCCCAGGAGGUGGUGAUGAGCCUGUCCAAGUGCUAUUCCUCCCUGCUGGACUCAAUGAACGCCGAGAUUCGCAUCCGCUGGUUGCAGAUCGUCGUCCGUAAUGACUACUAUCCUGACCUCCACAGGGUUCGGCGCUUCUUGGAAAGCCAGAUGUCACGCAUGUAUACCAUCCCGCUGUACGAGGACCUCUGCACCGGUGCCCUCAAGUCCUUCGCGCUGGAGGUCUUCUACCAGACGCAGGGCCGGCUGCACCCCAACUUGCGCAGAACCAUCCAGCAGAUCCUGUCCCAGGGCUUGGGCCCCAGUGCUGAGCCCAGUGCAGAGCCCAGCACAGAGCUGGGUAGUGCUGGGGCAGACGCAGACCCGGACUCGCCAGCCCUGCUGCUCGGGGACGAGGCUCCCAGCAGCACCAUCUCUCUCAGGGACGUCAAUGUGUCCGCCUAGCCAUGAUGGCUGCUGACCCUCGACCUCCCAGACACCAUGAUUGUGCCUUCUGUGGUUCAGGCCGCCGUGACUGUGCCUCAGCUCUGGCCAUGAGCUCCGCCCGGGCCCUUGAACCCCUCCCGUGGGCUUUCUCAGGCCAGGGGCAUGGGGAAAAGGACCUGUAUCUGGUGGAGGCCCACAGACCUGGGCCCACCCCAUCCCAGCUCUCUUGCACUGCAGGCCCUGGGGCGGCCAGCACCUGCCACACCUCCCAUCUUACCCAGGAUGCCAGCACCUGCUGAACACUGCCCUGGGGACAAGGACCCCAGCAGUUCCACAGCAACCACCAUACUGUGCCUUACAUCUGCCUGAAGCCCAGGCUGCACCAUGCCUAAAGUGCACCGCCUUGCAGAGCCCUGCACCCUGCCCCUGGGCUUGGCAGCCUUGGCUGGCCCCUGGCAGAGGGGCAAGAACACAGACGUUCCCUCAGUGUGGGGGAAGACAGGUGCCCCUGGGGAGAGCCUUAGCCGUCUCGCACAUGUGAUCCAGGCCACAAAGGCAUGUGGUGCAGGGCUACCUGUCCUUGUGGCUGCCUCAGGGGCAGCCAGGGCUCUAGCCUGGGACGGCUGCAGUGGGGCACCAUGGUGGCUGUCCCAUUAAACCUCCACUUUGCAGACCUGGCCUCCCUUCCUGUUCAUCCUAACUGUCCUCUGCAUUGGCCCAACUGCUGGGGGUGGGACAGCCUGGAGGGGGCACCAGUUGCUCAGGAGCUGGUCACAUACUUGACUGAUAUGCAGGCCCACGGGCAGGCUCCUGCCCAGCAGCCCCGGAGCACAGCCUGCCUGGGAUGCUCAGGACAUUUGUCACACCAUCACACCCUCAAUCUGGCCCAUCUGACUCUGCUCAAACCUCAGCCUUGGCCUUUGACCCACCCUAAAGAGAAUAAGGAGGAAGUAUGGGUAGCAGGGGAUGAUUCUUGGAGGGUUGAGACUGUGGGAACUUCAGCUCAUCCACCAGUAUAGAGUCACUGCCACCAUGUCAGGUGGACAGGUUGAUGCCCCACUGUGGCAGCAGGUGGAUGUGUGUACAAGGUAGUGGGUGGCACCACUUCUCAUGGUCAGCCAAGGACUGGCUGGCAGCAGGGCCAUCUGGGACCACACAGCACUCUGUAGUCUCCAACCUAGGCAAUGUGCUAUGGCCUGGAGGUGAUCCAACUACCUAGUCACAGCCUCACUCCACACAUGGUGGCCAGGAAGCAGGGAGAGCUGGAAGUGGGGGUGCAAAUGACCCUGAGGCUACCACUUAUACCAUCCAGCUCCUGGUUACCAAACAUCCCAUGUAUUCUCUUUAUUCAGGAAUCUCUUUCCCACCCCCAGGGGAGGCAAUCCAAGAGCUCCCCAGUCAUGGCUGGAGGCAAGUCCAGGGCUUGGGGUUGCCUCUUCUGAGUUCCAUGUUCAUAGACUUCCCAUUUGCACUGGGUGAGACUCCACCCCAUCCAAGGACAGAAAUCAGCAGGGCACAGGGAGGGGGUGACUGUGAUGAUACCUUGCAGGAGGGGGAGGAUGGGGGUGCCAUCGGAUCUCAAGCCCUGCCAGGUGAGCAUGGCCACUCAGACAAGCUCUCUGUGGUCCUCAGUGCCACCCUUAGGAGGGCCCUCUCUCUUUCCUUUUUGGCUACACCUAAAGAUGGGGUCCAUACAUUGAGUUUUAUCAAAGUUUUGCCUCCGUGUGACACAGUGCAUUUACAUUCCAAAUGUGUGUUUGCUGCUGGCCAUGGUUUGCCCUGGCCAAUUCAACGUCUUGUGACCUGUUGGGCAGCACCCCUCUUCCAGGGCUGAGUUCCAAAUUAGGCUAAUUUAUGGCCCAGCCACAGGCAAUGCUGAGAC